GUUUGUGAGUGUGUGGAGGUGGUAGGCUCAGGGCUGGGAUUUCGGGUUAAAUAUUCAAAAUGGCGGACGGAGGAGCAGCGAGUCAAGAUGAGAGUUCAGGACCAGAUGUUAAAGUGAAUAAUCAGUCAGGAACUACUAAAUGUGCAAUGGACAGCAGUGACAACAUCGGAAUCCACAGCAAUGGAUUGGACUUUCAAAGGCAGACUAUGCCAAAUACCAGUGCACUCACAAAUGCACACGCACAAGCCCUCCUGCAACAGUUGACCCUGACUCCAGCUCAGCAGCAGCUGUUGAUCCAGCAGGCCCAGGUGCAGGCCCAACUCCUGGCAGGCCUGGCAGGACAGCACUCAGCCAGCCAGCAGAAUAGCACCACAGGAGCUAGCAUCUCUGCCUCUGCUGCCACUCCCAUCACACAACUGCCCUUAUCUCAGCCCAUCCAGAUCACCCCUGUAAGCCUUAAACUUGGCAUUACCCACAUUCUUUCUUUGCUCUGUUUUUUAAUGUGUAAUAAUUUGUUCUUACAGCAGCUACAAACUCUGCCCCAAUUUGUUUUGGUCCAGCCUGGCCACCACAUCACUACGCCUCUGUCCACCCAGCUCAUCAUCUCUCCAACACAGCCGGGUCAGCAGGGCAUAUUGCAAGCCCAAAGUCUUUUAACUCAACUACCUCAUAGCCAAGCUAACCUCCUGUCUACUCAAGCAAACAUCUCUCUCGCAACUCAGCCUGCUACCCCGACCCGCACAACCACAGCUACUCCCAAUAUUGUCCACAGCCAGACCCCACCAAAGCGCUUGGAUACCCCCACCCUCGAGGAGCCCAGUGAUCUGGAGGAGCUGGAGCUGUUUGCCAAGACCUUCAAACAACGACGUAUCAAACUUGGUUUCACACAGGGUGACGUGGGCCUGGCAAUGGGGAAGCUGUAUGGAAAUGACUUCAGCCAAACUACCAUCUCACGUUUUGAGGCCUUGAAUCUAAGCUUUAAGAACAUGUGCAAACUUAAGCCACUGUUGGAAAAGUGGUUGAAUGAUGCAGAUAAUCUGACGUCCGACCAGGCACUGUCCAGCCCGAGUGCGCUGGGCUCCCCAGGCAUGGGCCUAGAGGGAAUCAACCGCAGGCGCAAGAAGAGGACCAGUAUUGAGAACCACAUCCGAGUGGCCUUAGAAAAGAGCUUUCUAGAGCAGAACCAAAAACCUACCUCUGAGGAGAUCACCAUGAUUGCUGACCAGCUAAACAUGGAGAAGGAGGUUGUCAGAGUUUGGUUCUGCAAUCGUAGACAAAAAGAGAAGAGGAUUAACCCCCCAAGCAGUGGAAAUAGUGGAGGCAGCACCCCCAUCAAAACCAUUUUCACACCUAACAGCCCCCUGGUGGCCAGUACAGCGAGUCUUGUCAGCAGCCCAACUAUUAGCACACCCACCAGUCUGACAGUAAACCCUGUGAUCCCACUCACCAGCACCAGUGUCUCCUCUUUGCCUUUCACAGCCACUACAGUUGGAGUCACAAACACUGCAUCUGUCAUCUCCACUGCACCUGUUGUAACCACGGCAACCAGCUCUCCAUCCCUCAGUCCUUCCCCUACCAUACAAGCCACCACAGAGAGCAAAACGGGCUCUCAGGCACACACCGCGGCUUCCCACACUGCGUCUUCUAUUGCCACUUCUCUAGAGACGGGCCAGGUGAUGGUAUCCGCCCCAGGGCUGUCUGCACUCCAGGGGGCCGCUCAGUUGCCCACCAGUGCUAGUUUUGCUGCCAUGGCUGCAGCCGCUGGAUUCAGUCCUGGUCUGAUGGCAUCUUCACAGUUUGCACCAGGGGGGGCUCUCCUCAGUCUGGCUCCUGGUGGCCUUGGUGGUGCACUCAUGAACAACAGUACACUAGCAACAAUACAAGCAGCUUUGGCCUCCAGCACAAUCCCCAUCACUUCUCUGGAUGGUAGCAAUUUGCUGUUUGCCAACACCAGUGCUGGUAACACGCCCAACCUGGUGACAAACCUGUUCCUGCCCCAAAACCUGUCACUUCUCACUCAGGCUAAUCCGGUGAGUUUAGUGUCGGCUGGGGCAGGGGGGCUGCAGGUCACCACUGACACAACCGGAGCUAUGCCCGUGCAAGCCUCGACUAUUACUACUGCCUCCAAAGCUCAGUGAAGCCGGCCAAGCUGCGUCACAAACAACACCCUAUUACAUAUAUCGUGCACUACUUCUAUCUCACUUUGUAGGCAAUAGGGAGGUCAUUAAUAUGAAAAGUGCUUCACUAACCACCAUACAUUCUUUUAUUCUUUCUAUUUAACUUUUUUGCUGCCACCAAAAACAACCUCAAUUGAUAUUAAGGUUGGAAUUUUUUGUUUGUAAAUCUUUUUUUAAUAUAUUUUCUAUUUUUAUUAUUCAUUAUUCCCCAACAGUAACCAUGUAGUUGCUGUCUUGUUUUAUAUGAACCAUGACAAAUGUUCAGGUAGAAAUAAUUCAUUGGAAUCAGGCUGUUGACUACGUGCAGAGUAACCUCUGAUCUCUCCUGACAGUCUAACCCAAAAGCAAAUCAUUUUCUAUAUAUUUACCCUUCAUCUGACUUUCUCGCAUCACUAUUUUUGGACAGGCAUUGUUCUAAACCUUAUCAUAGUUGUUCUACUACCAUGUCUAUUUUAGUACUUCAUAACAUUGUAACUCACAAUUUAAGUUAUAACUAUAAUCUAUUGAGUUCAAAUGUGGUUAUAAGGCUUUAAAAACGAGUAAUAAGUGGCCGAUUAUAAAGGUUAUCAUUGCUUUAAUGGUCAAAGGGACCAGAUUUGGUUGUCUGGAAACACUGAGUUUUACUUUGCCUUGGUGGUUGAGUUGCCAUUAAGCUUUGUAAAAUCCAGAUGUAGGUGCAGGCAUUGGACUCUGAUAAAAUGCUUAAGAGCUUUAGGAAAAACUGCAACAAGCAGUCUGUUUUAUACUGGGUGAUUUGUGGUGAAUGGUGGCCAUUUGCCAAGAUGUAGUUUAUUUUAGGAUUCAACCUGAACGUCUGUAGUGCUGUCUUCAACUUGGACCAGCACUGAAAGUCCAAUAACUGAUGUAGGGCUUGCGUAUGAUUUUGUCAUACCACAAGGGGGUGCAUUGGCUUGAUAGAGGUAAUGUAUUGUAUUUUACUUUGUGAUAGUAGUACUGUUCUAUCUACUUGUGCACAGUAUCUGUACCAAAAAACUGGAUUGAUGAGCUGCAGUCUGUUGCGUGGAAAGAAACUCUUGUCUACAGUCAUAUGACUAGCUUAUGUGCUUUUAAGAUAUACCAAAAAUAUUUGUUCAAAUAUUUGCUGUUUGUUGUUGGGGUAGCUUAGUCUUGUCUAUUUAUGAGUACAAAAUCUUUCCUUGUCAAUUGAAAAUAGAAAUGCAAUAUUUUUAUGACAAUUUUCCAAAGAUUUUUUUUAUUGAGUGUCUGAGCAUGACCGAAUUGGCAGCCCAAUGACCAAAAACUGGGGUGUUGAACUGACCUUUUUUGUUUUUUUUUACUUGGAUCCUGAACUCAAAAACCUGAAUUUUUGUUUCUUUUCCCGACAGCCUAUUGUUGACUGCUUGUUCUUUUAAUUGACUUUUGCCGUUUUGACUGAAAAAGGUGGUUCUGCUUUAGUUUUCUACUGUUCAGCCAUAAACAAUAGCUUAAACCAAAGUGGUUUUCCUCAGUAGUAGUUGUGCCUGUCCAAGCACACAGGAGCUGUUCUUUUCCAUUUUCCUCAGUAGGUGCUGCUGGAUAAAGGUCACAGAAACUUAGCUUUACCAACAUGCUGCUGAAGCUCCUCAAACAGUUUAGAGGCCUGCAUGCUUUCUGAUAGCUUUAUGACUACAUCCUGUACAUCAGGUUUGGUGGUUCAGACCCUCCUCUUUGGGAGACUCAAAUUUGUAAAUCCAUAUUUACCACUCAUCUACUGCCACACCGCCAUUGAAAACCAGCAUGUAACCCAAACAUGUUUUAUUUACCUAAUCUGUAACACCUGCCAAAUGAUCUCUGAGCGGAAGCCCACUCUAAAGUAGCAUUACUCUGUUCCAAAGGUAAACCGUAGUGGGUCUAACCUUAUGCCUGUAAGAAAAAAAUCUUAAUUUUUUUAUGUACUACUUUUUGACUGAAUAUACCUCAGCAGCACUUAAAUAUAAGGAUCACCUUCAGAAUUUCUGUGUAUCGAAUCAUGUAGAAUGUAUCAGUGCAGACUUGCCGUUAAAGGCCUAUACUGAUUAACCACACAUGAACCAUAGGAACUGUAUGAUUAUCGACUACUGCUAUUUCUAAUACUACUAUUUAUGAGAUAUUUGCAGGACUAAUUGUUGUUUUUUAUCCUUCUUGCCAAAGUUAUAGCCUUUCUCUUUGCAGUUAGGCAGGUGUCUAGUUGUUCUUGUUGCUGAUUUUUCUUUUUAGGCUUCUGUUCUUAUUUGUGUGACGUAUCUUCACAAGUUGAGUUGCCAUUACCAUCAUAGGAUGUUACUGAAAUAUUUAUCUGUGGAAUUAGAAUUGAUAACCUUUUCUUAAUUCUAUACAUAUAAUUCUAUAUAAGCGCUUGUAAGAUAUUCAUAUUUUAUACUCUAACCAGUGUGUUAUCAAGACUGAAUGUAGUGUUAACAUAUUUACAAAGAUCCCUAAAAUCGCCCUCUUUUUUUUGCUAAAUGGCAUUUGUUUUUUCAUGAAAUUUCUUGAGACCAAAAAUGUUACGAAACGUCAGACUUUAAGUGCUUUUAGCUUUUGACUUCCUUGUGUUGUACGGAGAAAACCUCUCUGCCCAUCACUUGGCACAGAUCUUGAGUUUAGUCUGAGAAGUAGGCUCAGUUUCAGCAACAGAUUAAGUAAAUAUUUCAGUUGAUGUUGAUUUAGUUUGCUAUUCUUUCUUUACCAAUAAUUUUGAAUAUGCCUUUUUUGUUUUGUGAGAAGACAAGAUCACUGGCUUUCUUAGUUCAAAGAUUAAACCUUAUCAUUUUUGCCUUAUUGUUACAGAGACAUGAGCAUUGUAGCAUUGUUGUAUGAGUGUGUGUGUGUAUGUGUGAAUGAGCGCACAGGAGAUCUCUAUGAACUCUGCUGGUGCGUUGUUAUCACUGAAACACUACAGUGUACUGGGCAUUUCUGAUUUUGUGAUGAUGUGGCUAACUAUGUUUUUUGAUGUAACAGAAAGAAAUUCUGUGAGAAAAGCUUUACUAAAAAUUCCAGCAAGUGUGCGUGCGUGCGUGUGUGUGUGCGUCCGUGUCUUUCUGUGUAUAGGAAGUGCAAGCUAUAAAUCUGCAUCUUCCAGCAGGUUUCAGUAGAAAGUGGCAGGACAAGAUUUGUAUAGAGAGGCUGUUUCAUUGAUACCCUAAAACAGUGAGUUGAUGAGUCCUGAAGCUGAUUGGCCCUGAACUAGCUUUAAUGCCUUUUCUACUUUAGUUUGUUGCUAGUUUUGGGUAAAAUACAGAGACAUGUAAGUACCAGUUUGGUAAUCCACCACACUGGUUUGCGGUUUGUAGUGUAGAGCGCCGGUAAGGCAAAGGAUCUGUUGUAUACCUCAUUUUUUAGCUCAAGAUUGAGUGAAACCUGCUUUAAUAUGUAUAAAAUACAACAAAAAAAACGUUUUAAAAACUCUAAAUACACAACAAAUAUACACAAAUAAUACAAGUAUAAUAGCCCAUUCCCACCUGUACUUUGUCUUGUUUUCAAAAGGCCACAAGAGGGAGACAGGAUACACAGACUGGAUAUUGAUGAAAUCCUGCCUUUUGUUCCUUUUGCCUUAUUACUGUACUACAUCAUUAUUUAUUUUCUCUUUUUAAUUUCUUUUUACAGAUGAUGUGCUCUAUUAUAUGUUUAGAGAUAUAUUUGAGUUUGACAAUCUUUUUUAUUAUUGUUUUAGUUCUGACAAAGUACAGGUAGGUUUGUGACUUCACAUGAGUGUCUCAGCCUGCUCUUGUUCCAUUGCGGUAACAACAUUUUAACCAAAGACUUCUAACUUGAUUGUAUAAGAGUGACACUGUCUCAUCCAUCCCCACACACUGCUCUGCAUCAAAUACCAGCUGCCUUCACUCACCACAGGUUUUCAUUAAUGUCUGCUCCUUGUGCAUGUGAAUGUCCAAAAAAAUAAGAAAUAAAAACGACAUAAACACCUGGCCAAAUGCUCUGUGGUGGUGCUAGUGCAGUGGUUUCAGUGCCUGUGGUGGGGUUGGGGGGGAAGUAAGACAGCGCAGAGAGGGCUCGUGAGACACACAUGUAUUUGAACCAGUCUGAUAGUAGCUGGGUGAUGUUUGCUAAUACACACUGAGGGUUUUUUCCUGUGCACAUUGUAAUGCUCAGGACUCGAUGUCUUUGUCUUUGUCUUUAACGCUGUAGGAUCCACUUUUUGCCCAUAAUUCUGGACCUUUUAUGUUGUGUGGUUACUUUAUUCUUUCACACCUGUACACUGUAGUUCCCGGACAUGUCCGUGUUGUUGUCUCCAGGUACAUGAUUGUCCCAUUGCUGUCUCCUCUCUUUGUUUUGACAUCUCACGACAGACGGAUCAGCUGUGACACUAUGCAUCACGGUCCUUCACUCCGUUUGGACCGUGUCCCUACGGCUACGGCCCAUGGGCUUCAGUGACACUUUGUUUAAUGCUUUAUUUCAAGUGAGGUUGUAUGAUCUCAUGAGCGCUAUCCCAAAGCAAAAAUCCAAAUAUUUAACUUUUGACAAAUGCAGAUACCAAAGAAAUCUCUUUCCUGUCUGUCUGUCUCUCUUCCUUUCUGCCCUGGAGCAUGUGUAUUAAGAGACAAACCCAGCACUGGCUUUAGUCCUAGCCUCAGUAAUUCCAAAGCUUAGAUGUAUAUUUUGGUAUAUUUCUGAGAAAAUAACUUGUGUGAGACUGUCUGUUGAACUUUAUCGUUAUCCUUUUUCUGUCGCAGCAUGGAACUAAUAUCAGAACUGUCUUACUCUUGGUAGGUUUGAAGAUAUUUGUAUUUUUGUAUGUUUGGGGUGUCGUGUGUAAUAUCAGUUCAAUCCAAGUGACCAUUGCUUUUAACAAAAUUAAAUGCCAACUAUGUACAUACUGACUGUGUAUCUCCAUGAAUGCUUUCUGUAACUCGUUAACUUCUCAAAGUUCGGGCUUUUUGUAACGAAUGUGUUCAUAUUUCCUGCCCCCACUUUUGAACUCUGCAGUUAAUAAUGAGUGACUUACCAGGACUUAAUUGUAAAGAGUUCUGGUUUUCAUCAUUCACCGAGGGACACUGAUCCUACAUGAACAUAAAAAAGACCAAAAAACAAAAAAAACAAAAAACAGGCAAACUUAUAAAAAAGCCUGCCUCCAACUGUGGUGGCAUAAAACUGAAAGAUUGUGUAGUUUUAAGUAUGUGAAUCAGGAUAUAUAGUAGGUUUUGAUGCAUUUGUCUGCUGUAUUUUUGUUUUUAUACACAUAAUCUUUUACUGUAACUGUACAGUUAUCUUUUGUUGUAAACAUCAUUAAACCAUUUUCCAAGUGUU